CUCCGAGCGUCGGAGUUCGGGGUAGAGUGUGAUUGUAUUUAGGGGCGGGGGAGGCAGCCUGGGCAGAGGGAGAGAUGCCCUCCGCGGGAGCCCCCCCCCCUCCAAGUCUUUGGAAUGGAAGGGGUGGUGUCAGCACCCCCCUGCCCCAAGGCCUGCUGCAGGGUGGGCAGGGGAGCAGGUUCUGGGGCCUCACUGAAAAGCCAGAGGUGAGAUCAGGCGGUGGGAGACUCUUCUGGCAUACCUUCCCCUUACCAGAGUGCCCGUGAGCUGGAGGAACCUGGUGGGGGGGGUUCUUCUGGUUGGGGUGGAUUUGGGAGCCCUCUGUAGUCUUUAUGGAGAGUGGGGACAAGGGGAGGGAGGAAGGCAGCAGGCUCUGAACCUACAGAUACAGGCCCUGGGGAGGCUCCUCUACAUCUGGAAAGGCCUGGAAUUGAGGCAUUGAGGCCCACAUCCCAGUAUGGUGGUCGGUCCUGGCACUGUUGGGCCCCGCCUGGGCAGUGCCUUCUGCCAUGAAAUUUCUGAAGUCGUUUUAAAUCCCCUGGAGCUUUCUUUUGCCAAGGAGGGCAGGGGCAGAUGGGCCCUGGGGACGGGAUGGACAGGAGGUGGCCACGAAGAGGGUUUGGAGAAGCAGUGGGCAGAUCCAUCCUUAGGGCUGGGCUUUGGCCUGCUCCAGACUCUGGUCUCAGGCUGAAGGAUCAGGGUUUGGGAGGGACUUGAGGUCUGGGUGGCACUGGGCCUCAGACUGCCAGGCUGAACGGGACAUGGCUCUGGCCGUGGGAGCCAGAGGUGCUUGGAGCAGCAGAUCUGUGUGCAUGUGACAGAGAGAGAGAGUGAGAGCAAAGGGACCAGGACUCAGGGGAGAAGGUCAGAGGCACAAGGCCUAGGAGCCUGACUCUGGGGAGAGGGAGGUGGUCAUAGUAGUGGUUGAGGACCGUAUAGAGAAGUUUUGUGGCUUGGAACAGUGCCCUCCCCUGUUCCUUGCUAUACUAGUCUGGCAAGGGGUGCCAGGAGGGUUGGGAGUCUGGCAAAUUCUCCAGGAUGGGCAGUGCCUGGAGUGCAGCCCAGGGUGGGAUAGUUGCAGUUGGUUGGACAAUUACAGAGCUCUGAAGCUAUCCCCUGGGGGGGUCAGAGUGUUCUUGGGAGGGUCAUGUGUUCUCCUGGAUAGUGUCUGUCCCUUCCUUUGUGGGUCUGAGCCAGAUGCUAGGAUGUGCUUCCAGGGGGCUGGGAACGUGGCCUUUGGGAACAGAGGUCUGGGGUAGUGGUAGUGGUGUGUGUAUUGGGGGAGACAUGGGAUAAGAGAGAUAAGAAUAAGGCAGGGUACUGGCAAAUGGGAGGAAGCUGAAGCAAAAUGUCACGGGGGGUGGUGGGAAACCUCACUCUGGGCUGUGUCGACAACAGCUCUGGGGACUGACAGCUGAGGACACAAGGACUGAUAAAACCAGGCAUCUGACUGGCGGGAGAGAUGCAUAUUCUUGCUCAUGACUUUCUCAUUUUUCCAUCUCUUGGACACUGGGAGAGGUUUGGGUUCAAGUGUUACAGGGUGGGGAGAAGAAAGAAUAUUUAUCAAGUAUGUACUUCAUGACAGGUGUGACUAGAUUCUUUCCUGAGGACCAUUAUUAUUCCUCAUUUUACAGAUGAAGAAACUGACACAGGGAGGUUAAAUAACUUGUUCAAGGCUGUGCAGUAGCAAAUAAUCAUGCUAAGGUUUGAAACCUGGUCUUACGCCAAAGAUGCUUCUUAUGAAGUAUUUUGAAGAGUGAAGGUUACUUUGGUGACCUUUUCCAAAUACCAGGCUGACCAAAAGUCUUAUAUUCCCGAUCUGUCCUUCCAGAUGGUGAUGUUAAGAGGUUGAAGGGCAUGCUGCUUUGCAGGGUAUAGAAGGGACACCCACAAAACUUGGCUGAAGGUGACCCAGGAAUGGGGGUUUGGGGUGCACAGAGAAGUCCCCAGUCUGCUUUCUGCUUUGUGGGUCCCUGGGUAUCAGCUCAUCUGGCUUGAGCAUCUGGUUCUUUGGCCAUCUGUGGCAACUGCUGGGUAUUGUCCUAUCUUAUCCUCUAGUGAGUACAAAUGUCAGUGCUGCUAGCUUGGUAGGUUAAGUACAAGGGGCCCCUCAGGGUGCCCUGUGGGCAUGGAGGAGUGUGGCCUUUUUGGGGGCCCAGGCAUCCAUGGAUGACAGUGCUUUCAUCCUCAUCUUCUCCUGGUCUGGGCUCAGCCAGGAGACACAAUAAAAGUAUUGUCAUGGAGUCUUCCCAUCCCAGUUCAAGAUACUUUUUCCAGGAAACCUAGGAUCUGGGACUGAUUUGGUUACCCAUGAUCUCUAUAACUUGAGCCAGCCAUAUAAAACUGCCUUGGACCUCAGUUUUUGUUUUUGUUUUUGUUUUUCCCAGGAGGCCACAGGACCAGACUUACAGGGUUUUGGUGAAGAUCAGAUGGAAUUAGCAUGUCGUGGUUUAGUGGCCUCCUGGUCCCGAAAGUGGAUGAACGGAAAACGGCCUGGGGUGAACGCAAUGGGCAGAAGCGUCUGCGCCGCCACGGCACUCGGGCGGGUGGCUUCUGCACGCCCCGCUACAUGAGCUGCCUCCGGGAUGCAGAGCCCCCCAGCCCUGCCCCUGCGGCACCCCCUCGGUGCCCCUGGCAGGAUGAGGCCUUCAUCCGGAGGGGCGGCCCAGGCAGGGGCAUGGAUCUGGGGCUGCGGGCGGUGGCCCUGGGCUUUGAGGACAAUGAGGUGAUGGCGGCGGUCGGGACGGCCGAGGUGGCGCCUGACGCGGCACCUAGACGCAGCCGAUCCUGCUGGCGCCGUCUGGUGCAGGUGUUCCGGUCGAAGCAGUUCCGCUCUGCCAAGCUGGAGCGCCUGUACCAGCGGUACUUCUUUCAGAUGAACCAGAGCAGCCUAACGCUGCUGAUGGCGGUGCUCGUGCUGCUCACAGCGGUGCUGCUGGCCUUCCACGCCGCGCCUGCCCGCCCUCAGCCCGCGUACGUGGCCCUGCUGGCCUGCGCCGCCAUCCUCUUCGUGGCGCUCAUGGUGGUGUGUAACCGACAUAGCUUCCGCCAGGACUCCAUGUGGGUGGUGAGCUACGUGGUGCUGGGCAUCCUGGCGGCUGUGCAGGUCGGGGGCGCUCUGGCAGCCAACCCGCACAGCCCCUCCGCAGGGCUCUGGUGCCCCGUGUUCUUCGUCUACAUCAUCUACACGCUCCUCCCCAUCCGCAUGCGGGCGGCUGUCCUCAGCGGCCUGGGCCUCUCCACCCUGCAUUUGAUCUUGGCCUGGCAACUGAACCGUGGUGAUGCCUUCCUCUGGAAGCAGCUUGGUGCCAAUGUGCUGCUGUUCCUCUGCACCAACGUCAUUGGCAUCUGCACACACUACCCAGCUGAGGUGUCUCAGCGCCAGGCCUUUCAGGAAACCCGCGGUUACAUCCAGGCCCGGCUGCACCUGCAGCAUGAGAACCGGCAGCAGGAGCGGCUGCUGCUGUCCGUGUUGCCCCAGCAUGUUGCCAUGGAGAUGAAAGAAGACAUCAACACAAAAAAAGAAGACAUGAUGUUCCACAAGAUCUACAUCCAGAAGCAUGACAACGUCAGCAUCCUGUUUGCAGACAUUGAAGGCUUCACCAGCCUGGCAUCCCAGUGCACUGCGCAGGAGCUGGUCAUGACCCUGAAUGAGCUCUUUGCCCGGUUUGACAAGCUGGCUGCGGAAAAUCACUGCCUGAGGAUCAAGAUCUUAGGGGACUGUUACUACUGCGUGUCAGGGCUGCCGGAGGCGCGGGCAGACCAUGCCCACUGCUGUGUGGAGAUGGGGGUGGACAUGAUCGAGGCCAUCUCGCUGGUUCGUGAGGUGACAGGUGUGAAUGUGAACAUGCGCGUGGGCAUCCACAGCGGGCGCGUACACUGUGGUGUCCUUGGCCUGCGGAAAUGGCAGUUUGAUGUGUGGUCCAACGAUGUGACCCUGGCCAACCACAUGGAGGCAGGGGGCCGGGCCGGCCGCAUCCACAUCACUCGGGCCACGCUGCAGUACCUGAACGGGGACUACGAGGUGGAGCCUGGCCGUGGCGGCGAGCGCAAUGCAUACCUCAAGGAGCAGCACAUUGAGACCUUCCUUAUCCUGGGUGCCAGCCAGAAACGGAAGGAGGAGAAGGCCAUGCUGGCCAAGCUGCAGCGGACACGGGCCAACUCUAUGGAAGGGCUGAUGCCACGCUGGGUGCCUGACCGUGCCUUCUCCCGGACCAAGGACUCCAAGGCUUUCCGCCAGAUGGGCAUCGAUGACUCCAGCAAAGACAACCGGGGUGCCCAGGACGCCCUGAACCCUGAGGACGAGGUGGAUGAAUUCCUGGGCCGUGCCAUUGAUGCCCGCAGCAUCGAUCAGCUGCGCAAGGACCAUGUGCGCCGGUUCCUGCUCACCUUCCAGAGAGAGGAUCUGGAGAAGAAGUACUCGCGGAAGGUGGAUCCCCGCUUCGGAGCCUAUGUCGCCUGUGCCCUGUUGGUCUUCUGCUUCAUCUGCUUCAUCCAGCUCCUCGUCUUCCCACACUCUACCCUGAUGCUUGGGAUCUAUGCCAGCGUCUUCCUGCUGCUGCUCAUCACGGUGCUGACCUGCGCUGUGUACUCCUGUGGUUCUCUGUUUCCUAAGGCCCUGCAACGUCUGUCCCGCAGCAUUGUGCGCUCGCGGGCACACAGCACUGCAGUUGGCAUCUUUUCAGUCCUGCUUGUGUUCACCUCUGCCAUCGCCAACAUGUAUACCUGUAACCACACCCCCCUACGGACCUGUGCAGCGCGGAUGCUGAAUUUAACACCUGCUGACAUCACUGCCUGCCACCUGCAGCAGCUCAAUUACUCUCUGGGCCUGGAUGCUCCCCUGUGUGAGGGCACCGCACCCACCUGCAGCUUCCCUGAGUACUUCGUCGGGAACAUGCUGCUGAGUCUCUUGGCCAGCUCUGUCUUCCUGCACAUCAGCAGCAUCGGGAAGUUGGCCAUGAUCUUUGUCUUGGGGCUCAUCUAUUUGGUGCUGCUUCUGUUGGGUCCCCCAGCUACCAUCUUUGACAACUAUGACCUACUGCUUGGCGUCCAUGGCUUGGCUCCUUCCAAUGAGACCUUCAAUGGGCUGGACUGCCCCGCUGCAGGGAGGGUGGCACUCAAGUAUAUGACCCCCGUGAUUCUGCUGGUGUUUGCGCUGGCGCUGUAUCUGCAUGCCCAGCAGGUGGAGUCAACUGCCCGCUUGGACUUUCUCUGGAAACUGCAGGCAACAGGGGAGAAGGAGGAGAUGGAGGAGCUCCAGGCAUACAACCGGCGCCUGCUGCAUAACAUCCUGCCCAAGGAUGUGGCCGCCCACUUCCUGGCCCGGGAGCGCCGCAAUGAUGAGCUCUACUAUCAGUCGUGUGAGUGUGUGGCUGUCAUGUUUGCGUCCAUUGCCAACUUCUCGGAGUUCUAUGUGGAGCUGGAGGCAAACAACGAGGGCGUCGAGUGCCUGCGGCUGCUCAAUGAGAUCAUCGCUGACUUUGAUGAGAUCAUCAGCGAGGAGCGGUUCCGGCAGCUGGAGAAGAUCAAGACGAUUGGCAGCACCUACAUGGCUGCUUCUGGGCUGAACGCCAGCACCUAUGAUCAGGUGGGCCGCUCCCACAUCACUGCCCUCGCCGACUACGCCAUGCGGCUCAUGGAGCAGAUGAAGCACAUCAACGAGCACUCCUUCAACAACUUCCAGAUGAAGAUUGGGUUGAACAUGGGCCCAGUUGUGGCAGGCGUCAUCGGAGCUCGGAAGCCACAGUAUGACAUCUGGGGGAACACAGUGAAUGUCUCUAGCCGUAUGGACAGUACGGGGGUCCCUGACAGAAUCCAGCUGUUCUGGGCCCUGGGUUGCGUCAGAAGUGGCAGAGCCUGGUACAGGAGGCAACCUCCUGCUCAGGGCUCUGUGGGCUUCUCGUCUGUGGUCAGAGGGCUUCCUGUGGCUUUCUCCCUGCCAAGGUGAAGAUGCAGUGUCUUCAGAGAGCAAGACUACUCUAGGCUUUUCAGCAUCAUGAGGACCAGUGUGUCUUCCCAGAUUUGUUACUCUGACCCCUGCCAUGUGAGGUCAAGACCCCUGCGGUUGUCCCUCCAGUGCUUUGGCCCUCUCAAACCUCUCACACUGAGAGGUCUAGCUCCUUCAGGAAUCUCUUACACAUUUGCUUCCACAGGAAUCUGGGCAUUAGAAUACCACCCUCCCGCUCCCACCUAGCACACACAAGUGACUUCUAGUCCAAUCUGUUUACUUUGCCUUCUUGAGCCCUCCCAUUAGUCAUCCAUCUGAAGCAGCACCUUCUCCCUCCUUCCCCCUCUGCACUCCUUCCGCAGUUCAUCUUGUCCGUCUGCCACCAUAUCCUCCUCAGUAUAGACUGAAAGUUCUGUCAUUGAGAGUAGAGUGAUCCAUAAACCUGGAAAGGAGAGAGAGGGUCUCAGAUUCAGCCAGGCCAGGCUGGAGGGUGAGAGGUCCUUAAAAUAGCUGCUAAAGGCCGGGCGCAGUGGGCGCAGUGGCUCACGCCUGUAAUCCUAACACUCUGGGAGGCUGAGGCGG